AUGGGUGCAUUCUUGACUUCAGUCUAUGGCGGCUUGGCCUUGGACGCCGCUAGUCUCUCUGUUCCUGAGCCUGGUCUCCGCUUCCACCACCUGGGGAAACGCCGUUUGACCGGCUUGUUCUCUGAUGCCUCCGCAGUGACUGAAAUAGAAUAAAUUCCUCCAGCUCAGGAAAAGGCAGAAGCAAGAAUUGAUAUCAAGAUGUUUAAGAAUAAUGUGACUGACCAUAAGCUAAGUGUGGAAGCCAUAAUUAAAAACAUUAACACAAUUUCUUUGGAGUUAAAGAAGAUGAAAGAGCUGUCCCAGUUACUGCUUUGUGACCUUACCCUACAUUUUAGUCAUCCUGUAAAGACAGAUGAUGUGAAGGAAACUGAGAGAAACAGUCCCCUCUUUGAAGAGUCUGAAAUGUCAGAUAUAACCGUUGCUUCCAACAGUUUUUAAAUCUGACCUUGUAUUGUGAAUCUAUAACUUUGUGUUGUUGAAUCGACAUAUAUCUAGUAGAAUUGAGUUUACUAAUAUAUGUAAUAUAAUAAGAAACAAAAUAAAGAUAUGUUGAGUUGUAACUAAUCAUUUCCUGUUCUUGAAGGCUGUUUUUUUUUUUUUUUCCUUGUUUUAAUGUUUCAAGGAAUGGCUAAUUUAUUUCACUUAUGGCAAAAGUAUGUCAGAGGAAAUUGGCCAUGGGGCCCUGCUUAUCCUUUAUGCUUGAAUUUGGCUUAGGUCAAAAGAGAGUUACUAAAUUAUAAAUGUUUGAUAUGAGUUUGUAUUAAUCAGAUCUCGCCUGCUGGCAAGUGCCAAAAGCAACUCAAGCUAACUGAAGCAUUUAUUGGGUCAUGUGAUUGGAAGUCCAUGGCUGGGGUGGAUUUUAGGGCCUCCACAAAUUCAUCAGAGGUCUCCAUCCUGGUUCUGUUUCUGCAUCCACCUCAUCCUUUCCUAAAGGCUGGUUUCCUCCAUGUCAUAGGUGGAAGGGGUAUGGCAGACAACUCCAGAUGUUCAGCAUUACCUUUGGGGGACCCCAGAGAAAAGAGAGAUCCUUUGUCUCAGCCUCUGUGUUUAACAUUCCAGAGAAAGAUCCUGAUUGGCCCAGCUUUGAUUAAGAUGGGUCUUGAGCAACUAUGUUUGGUGAGACUGGGAUCAUAUGCCAGGUCUGUAGCCAAAAGAGAUGCCGCAUCAAAAGAACAGAGUUGCCAUGGCCCAAAGAAGGGGAGAAAGAAUGCUAGUCAUUCAAACAUCAGAUAUUCAUCAUUUAUUUCAAUCAUUGGAGUGGAAUAGGUUUUAUUUUUAGGACACCUGUGUCCUAAAAGUUGCUAAUUUCUGUCUCUUUCUGCCAACAGAAAUUUAAAAUAAUAAUCUUUAUUUAUUUUUUAAACAUAAUCCACUACCAAAUAGUUGCUUGAAAUCUGCCAUGUCCUUCAUUUUAAAUAUUUUUAAACAUAAGGUAUGUAAUACCACAAAGCAAGACACAAGGUCAGCUCCCUCCAUCGCAGUUCUAGCCUCAUUGCCCAGCACCUAGCUCAGUGUUUAGCACAGAAUAGGCAUGGAGUCAAUGCUUGUCGAAUAUCCUCUUGAAUAAACAUGUAAAUGAAUGAAAGUUUUUCAGCUUUAGAAUUCCUGAGUUCUGAACCCUGAAUUGAGAACUUCUGGUUUGUAAGGAUGACGUUUGUGAAGCAUCAUUUUAAUUGUCAGUGGUUAAAAGUCUCUACAUACUUAUUUUAGCAAGUUGUCAGUUUUAACUAGAUGACUUCCAAGAUCCCUUCUGAUGUUCUUUUUUUUUUGGGGGGGAGGUCUUUUCUAGGGCCGCACCUGUGGCAUAUGGAGGUUCCCAGGCUAGGGGCCUAAUCGGAGCUGUAGCUGCCGGCCUACGCCAGAGCCACAGCAAUGCCAGAUCCGAGCCACAUCUGCGACCUACACCACAGCUUACGGCAACACCAGAUCCUUAACCUACUGAGUGAGGCCAGGGAUCGAACCCAAAACCUCAGGGUUCCUAGUCAGAUUCAUUAACCACUGAGCCACGGCAGGAACUCCCCAGUGUUCUUUCUCUUAUCUCAUGAAAUUGAAGACAAGAAUCUUUGUGACUUAGAAAUUUUAUAUACUAAACAGAGAAGCCAUACAUUUUUAUUGUUAAUAAAAGUUGUGGAAUAACAACCCAGGCCUCAAAAGGGAAAACUUAACUGAAUGUGAGGUUUUCAUUGUGUGACAUGCCUACUUUUUUUUAAGUGAGAUAUGAAUGUUGAAGGAAAGAACUGAAUUGCUUUGAAGAAUUUAUAAAGCCUCUUGGGAAUGGAUGAAGAGAAGGGCUUUAUUACAGUUGUCAGGAAAAAAAAAACCUAUCUAAUUGGAAAGUCUGAUCAGAUUUUUCCAUGUAUACAUGCAUUGUUCUUUCAUUUUCCUGGGAAGACUUCAGUAAAAUCUAUUUCACUUGAUGAUGCUUUUGGAUUUGGUUGGGGGGGGUGGAGUGGAGGUAGGAUGUGGGUGUUGGAUGUGAUGAACUUAAAUUUGACACCAAAGCCUCAUUUCUAAAUUUAAAAUGUUUUCUUUGGGCAUUUGUAUCUUAAAUUUGAUUUAAAACAAAUAAAAAAGUAAGAACUAAGUAAAGUCAAUAAAGUUGUCUUAGGAACUCAAAAGUGAAGCAAAAGGCAAAUUAAUUUUAAUUCCAGGGAGUUAUCCUGACAUGCAUUUAUCUUUUUCAUAAAAAAGUACACAAAAAUCCCCCCAGCAAAAAAAAAAAAAAAAAAAACAAA